AUGGAUAACCACGAAAACAUCAGCGUCGAAACCAUUGCGCGUCUGUUCAACACGGUCGCGUUCGAAGACAGAAAGGUCAAGAUCUCCCAGAAGACACUGGAACUGGUGGCCGAGUACAUCCGGCUGUUCACGAGCGAGGCGAUUGUGCGGUCGAACGAGGAACGCCUCGAAGAAAGACGACGCGAUAACGGUCGGUACCAGGUGGAUCUGGACGAACAGGUGGACACACGACAACAGGACGCGGUGCUGGACACGCUGUCCGCCUACAUCCUGGGGAUCGAUCUUGAACACCUUAUCAGGGUUCAGGAUCCGGUUAGGGUCCAGAGCGAGCUUGAUCUUGCGCAUAAGGUCGAUGGCGUCCUCGCCAAGCUCCUCAACAAGAUAGUCUCUCUUUCCAUACCCGACACCGUGCUCUCCAGUGACGGUACCUUCUGCUUCCAAAGCACGGUCCACCAUGCGUUGCACCACUUUUUUGCACAGGUCGUACUGGUCCUUUUUGAACAGGAUCACGGCGUGGUAAUUGCCGUCUCCAACGUGACCCAAAAUGGCCGUGGUCAGGCCGGCCUUGUCAAUGUCGUCCUUGGUGUCCUGCAACGACUUGCACAGUCUCGAGAUCGGAACAGCAACAUCGGUGGUCCAGACCUGGAUGUUGUCGUCGAUCGUCUUUUUACCAUAAUUAAUGCACGACCAUAG